AUGAUAAACGAAGCUUGCGAAAAUAACGCUGAGGAGUCUUCUUCUCGGAGUAUUGAUGAGACAAUGAUACUUUUCAAAAGCCGCUCAUCGCUAAAACAGUAUAUGCCACUGAAACCUGUGAAACGCGGCUACAAGGCCACUAGUACAGUGCGCAAGCAUAGAUCUGAUAUGCCACUUCUUAUAAAAGGUCCAAGGGGUAAGAAAUUGAAUCUGCAGAAGGGCGAGUUCAAGUGGAGAGUCAAGAAUAAUGUUUGUUUUGUUGUAUGGCAUCAGAAGAAAGAAGUGCUUUUGAUGUCCAAUGCUUUCCACACGAAAGUUGGUCAAACCACAGUAACAAGAACCCAGGAAAAUAUCGUUUUAUUACCUGUAGUGUUUUUUCACCCGCGCGAUGUUACGAAUCUCAUCGUGGCUUCCCGAUUUUGUCGUUUUGCUUCGCAUAUUAUUGGUAUUGAAUGGGAAUUACGCGGUUUGGAACAUUGGGAUAACGAACAAUGUUGCAUUGUUAUUUCUAAUCAUCAGAGCUCUUUGGAUAUUUUAGGAAUGUUUGAAAUGUGGCCGCGUAUGAAGAGAUGUACAGUAGUGGCGAAGAGACCACUUAUGUUUGCAGGUGCCUUUGGGUUUGGAGCUUGGCUUUCUGGUCUCGUAUUUAUUGAUCGUCUUAAAACUGAUAAAGCCCGUCAACUUAUGAGAGAAGCUACAGAUAGAGUAAUACGUGAAAAGACUAAAUUGUGGAUUUUCCCUGAAGGUGCAAGAUUUAACAAUGGGAAUAUACAACCAUUUAAGAAAGGGGCAUUUUAUCUAGCAAUUGAUGCACAGAUCCCUAUAAUGCCAGUUGUUUUUAGCCAAUACUACUUCCUGGAUAAUGAAACUAAAACAUUUGAACCAGGGAAAGUAGUGAUAACAACAUUGCAACCUAUUUCCACAAAAGGGAUGACUCAUAAUGAUCUAGAAGCAUUGUCUGAAAUGGCACGAGAACAAAUGAUUAAAGUCUUCAAUGAAAGUUCCAAGGACUUAGUAAAACAUAAAAAGAUUGCAAUCUAA